AUGAGUCGUGAACAAGAGACUGGCCUGCUGCUUGAUGAUAACAGCAUAGAUAACGUCCCUCGAAAGGAUGUAGAUCCUCAACAGAGUUUUCUCAAUGAUCUGGAAACUAGUUUAACAGAUAUAGCUGAAGAUCCAUUUGUGGAAGUACCGCAAGGCCGUCAUUUGGGAGUUUUCUCGACCAUGGUCCUUUUUGUCGCUAGAAUAGUUGGCUCAGGUAUAUUUGCUACACCAAGUAGUAUAUACGUUAAUUGUGGUGGUAAUACUGGAAUAUAUUUUGGUGUUUGGACAUUAGCAGGUUUGGUAUCAUUUGCAGGAUUAUUCGUUUUCUUGGAAUAUGGCUCAUGGUUACCAAGAUCUGGUGGCCGUAAGAAUUUCCUCGAGCAAACCUACACAAGACCUGAGUUAAUGAUGAGCGUUACAUUUGUUUGUUUCACCAUUUUUACUGGAUUUGCCAUGUCGAAUGCAAUUGUUUUUGGUAAGUACUUCCUUUACGUACUGGGGUUUAGCGAUCCUUCUACAGGAGUCCAAAGUAAUGCUUCCAAAUAUGUCAGUAUUAUCGUGAUUUCAGUCGCUAUGCUUGUACAUGGAUGCUCAGUGCGUACUGGGGUACGGAUUCAAAAUUUCCUAGGAGGUAUAAAAUUCGGUCUCAUUGGAUUAAUGUGUCUUAUUGGUCUCUACUCUUUUUUCUACCACGUUCCUGAAGGCAAAGAGUCUCCUAGUCUGAAGAGUAACUCUGUAUUCGCAUUUCAGAAUAAAUCAGAAGUCAGUCUUGCUUCACUGGCGAGUGCAUUUCUCAAUGCUUUUUUCUGUUUUUCUGGUUGGGACUCUGUGCAUUCAGUGGCAUCAGAAGUGAAGAACCCUACAUAUACUCUGAAAGUUGGAGGCACCGCAUCUCUGCUUAUUUGCUUUACCUGCUAUUCCAUGAUGAAUUUAGCCUAUGUUAACGUUUUGUCCUACGAAGAGAUCAAACAGGCAGGCCCACUGGUGGGAUCUGUGCUUUUCACCAAACUGUUUGGUAAAUUUUUAGGCAGUAAACUUCUAUCACUAUCUGUUGCCGUUUCCACUUUAUCCAAUCUAUUGGUGGUUAUCUAUGGAUUAUCAAGAAUGAAUCAAGAAUCAUUUAGAGAGGGAUAUCUACCCUUUAGUAAGCAAUUGGCAAGUAAUUGGCCCUGGGGGUCUCCACUUCCGUCUAUUUUAGUCUGCGGUGGAUUUACUAUCAUCUGGUUAGCGGCUCUGCCUCCUGAGAAUUCGUCCUUUGACUAUUUGGUCUCCAUGGAAGGGUAUGGGAAUCAAUUCUUCCUUCUGUUGAUCGCUGUAGGAUUGUUCAUUCAUAGACGGAGACACAAAGGUCAACAACCUUCAACAAGGGCUUCAACUUUGGGCACUAUUCUCAUGAUUAUAGUCUCAGGAUAUACCCUAAUAACACCCUUUAUUGGGGAUCAGAAUCGUAACAUGAUUGGUUUCUUACCGCCAUACCAAAUUACUUCCAUAUUGAUCAUAGGAGCAUGCUUUUUCUUUUGGCUUGUAACGUUUGUGAUCUUACCAAGGACUUUUCACUACGAAUUAGAACCAAACAUUAGCUAUCUUGCAGACGGUCUUGCGGUGACGGAAUGGAAAAAGAAAAUUAUAUAA